AUGGGCCCCUGUACCGCCUCCUCAUGCUGCUGCCAGGCCCGUAAUCUGCCAUGGGCCCCCGUACCGACUCCUCAUGCUGCUGCCAGGCCCGUAAUCUGUCAUGGGCCCCUGUACCGCCUCCUCAUGCUGCUGCCAGGUCCAGAGUGUGUCAUGGGUCCCUGUACGGCCUCCCAUUGCUGCUGUCUCCAUCGCCACACUCUGCCAUGUGCCACUUUCAGGUCUCCUCACACUGCUGGUGGGUUCCAUUUUUUCAUAGGGUGCUGUAUGGCUUCCCAUUGCUGCUGCCUCCACCGCCACACUGUGGCUCCACACUCUGGUUUUGGCCCCGUGACUGCCCAAAUGAGUGAAGUGUGCGGUGAUUCUAAGAUCGACGGCACUCAUCUGCAUGUCAUACUGACUGACAGUAGUAUUUCUCUUCCCCAGCAGACUCCAAGGGCAUUUAAAUUAAAGGUACAGUGUUCUGCACUAAUAUAA